GAACUACAUCCAUGCACACAGCCACAUGUACACAAUGGCAAGCUUCUCCCAUGCAAAGCCCAGGAGCAAAAAAUGCUCAGUUCCCCUUACUUUAUUCUUUAUGAUCAAACUCUUCUGCGUGGCUACUCUAGCAGCCACUGAACCAUCCAUUUCCUCUGCCUGUAAAGCCACCUUUUACAAAGCUGCUUGUGAAUCUUUCCUUGUUUCACUGAAAACCACUGCUCUCCCAACAACCCCACAAGAGCUGUUUGAUCUCUCUGUUCACUACACCUUGAAACAAGCUCAUUCGGCUCUAGACCUCGCCUCUGUUCUUAGUCCCUCUGCUCACAGUAAUGCCCAGACCCAUCUGGCUCCUACUGGUGCCAUGAGUGAUUGUAUUGAGCUUCUUGAUGAUACCUUAGACCAACUCUCUAAUGUUAUCAACCGCAAGAACAACCUUAUCCGUAGCCACAGUGAUGUCCAAACAUGGCUUAGUGCUGCACUUACCAAUCAAGAAACAUGCAUUGAAAGCCUUCAAAAUAUUAAGAUUAGUGAAGAAAAAGGUGUAAUGGUUUCCACGGCAAGAAAUUUAAGUCACCACAUAAGCAAUUCCUUGGCAAUUUAUGUGUCCCAUUAUGGGACAGAAGAUGCCAAUAACAAAUUUAACCCUAGUAGCAGUGGUGGCCGGAAACUGUUGUCCGGGAGUGGGUUUCCGAGUUGGGUGUCGGCGUCAGAGCGGAAGCUUCUAGAAGCUCCGUUAGGGGAGAUAAAACCCCAAGCGGUGGUAGCCAAGGAUGGGAGCGGAACGCAUAAGACCAUAGCAGAAGCAAUUGGGGUGUUGGGUUCUUUGGCCGCUGGGGGCAAAAAUGUAAUUUACAUAAAAGCAGGCACUUAUAAGGAGAAUCUCAAUUUUCCUACAAAGCAGAAGAACGUUAUGUUAGUUGGUGAUGGGAAGGGCAAAACGGUCAUUGUUGGUAGUAGAAACGCUGCCGACGGAUCGUCAACUUACGAAUCUGCUACGGUUGGUGCCAUGGGAGAUGGAUUCAUGGCUCGAGGCAUAACAUUUGUAAACAGUGCGGGUCCAGAGAAGCAUCAAGCAGUUGCCCUUCGAGUUGGGUCAGAUAGAUCAGUAAUAUAUCAGUGCUCAAUUGAAGGCUAUCAAGACACACUCUUCACCCUCUCCAAGCGCCAAUUCUACAGAGAUACAGACAUUUAUGGGACAGUAGAUUUCAUAUUUGGAAAUUCUGCUGUUGUUUUUCAGAACUGUAACAUUUUUGCCAGAAAACCUUCUUCAGGCUCUAGGAACUAUGUCACAGCUCAAGGUCGCACUGAUCCAAAUCAGAACACAGGUAUUUCCAUACACAAUUGCAAGAUAGGAGCAGCAUCAGACCUUUCAGGUUCCAAGAUCACUUAUCUUGGAAGACCUUGGAAGAAAUAUUCCAGAACUGUUAUUAUGCAAUCCUAUAUUGAUGGCUCUAUUAAUCCUGCUGGAUGGUAUCCAUGGUCUGGCAGUUUUGCCCUUAGCACACUUUAUUACGGGGAAUAUAUGAACUCAGGCCCUGGAGCUUCAACUUCCGGUAGGGUCCACUGGCCUGGAUAUCGCGGCAAUAUCCCCGCGGCAGCCGCUGAAACGUUCACCGUCGGCAGUUUCAUUGAUGGAAAUUCGUGGUUGCCUUCUACUGGGGUGUCUUUUGAUUCUGGACUAAUUGGUUAAUUAAUUAUAUGUUAUUGCAGGGCAAUCUUAUAGCAGUAUCUAAAAGUUGUGGGCAUGGAAGACCAAGCUGAUAAGUGCAUCUAUCAGCAGGCUAAGUCUGUCGAUGCAUUUGUGCGUUUUAUGUACUAUUUUUUUAUAGGUUUGUGAAUAAAGCUUCAUCAUGUGUUUCAUCUUCUUUUCUUUAAUAAUGAAAGUGUCUAUUUAUUUUUUGUUGUUA